AUGUUUUUCCAAGGCUCCCUGCAAGAGGCCCUUGCCUCCGCGGUCCAGGCCGGAAAGGCUGUAGCUUGCUUCGUCACAGAUGAUGGAGAAGAAAGCAAGAGUUGGGAGAAUGAUUUUCUGACACAAGAGUCUAUCUCCGAGCUCAUCACUUCGAACGCCGUUGUGCUUCGACUUAAGGCCGGGAGUCAGGAGGCCGGAUACCUGGCCGCCAUUUUCCCGGUGCCCAAAGUCCCCACUUUGGUGAUUCUACGGAACGGCCAGCUAAAAGAAUACUUAGCCGCCGGUACGACCAAGGAUGACUUUGCUACUCGACCCAGGCUAGAGAGACCGGCCGCCCAGCAGGCGGCAUCUUCUCAGUCCCGCGCUCCCGCCUCAAACCCUAGGCCCCAGUCUGCUGCGCCCUCCACCACGCCAACUCAGCCCACGGCAGCGCGAGGAAGCCAAAAGAAGGCGCUGGAGGCUUACGCGCGCAAGGCCAAAGGCAAGGGCAAGGCAGAACCAGACGCGGACGAUGGCGAGAAAUACCGAACACCAGAGCAAAAGAGACUUGCCGAGGAGAUCAAGAAGAAACAGAAGGAGGCCUUGGAAGAGCGUAAGAGGAUCAUGCAGCGGAUCGAAGCCGACAAGGCAGAUCGCCGCGCGGCGCGGGAAGCUUUGGUACGGGAACCUACGUCUGGCGACAUCGCGGCAAAUGUCGCCGAUGCGCCAGCGACUAAGCUAGCCAAGACUUCUACCCUUACCGCUCUCAUGGUCCGCUUGCACGACGGCACGACGUUGAGAUCGCGGUUCCCUAAUUCCGCGACCCUUCAAACCGACAUCCGGAAAUGGGUGGACGAGAACCGCACAGGCGACCGCACAGAGCCCUACCUCUUCAGGGUGACGCUGUCGCCCACAUCGACAAUGCCUCCUGCCCCCGAGGGUGGCAACUUCGUUGCCUGGCUAUACGCCCUCAUACUCUCCUUCUUUUCCUCUCUCUUUGGCGCCGGGACACCUGCGGCCACCCGCCCGGAAGAGAUAGAAAUGAGCAACCUCGGACCACAGCAGCAGGACCGGCAAGGACAGCCUCAAGCCCGCAGCACUGGCGCCCGAGUGCAAACUCUGCACGACGCGGAGCAGAGGCGCCGCCGAGACCACCAACUCUACAAUGGCAACUCGUUAAACUUUGAGCCCCGCCCCGAGGAUGAGGAAUAA